CGCCGGCCAAAGAGCCUUACUGAGGUACUCCGUGGGGCAACUUGACAAUAGUCACUCCUGGCUGAGGUAAGGAUAUUUCACUUCUAGAAUAUUUUGGUACAACCAUCUUCCUUUGGACAACAUAUCUUUCCAUCUUACUGCCGUCAAACAUCGUCCUGCAGACUCUCGUGAACUAGCAUCUUCUCCCAAAAUGACCAAAGCAACCCACAUCAUCCGCUUCAUUGCGAACGAAGACAACCGAAUCCAUCUCGGUCAAUUGGUCGACACCAGCAGAGAUGUUGGUCUCGACACGUUCGACGGCAAGAAGGUUGAAGCAUACCUGAUCAAUGGAUCGAUCUUUGCUCCUGAAGUCACUUCCGUCGUCUAUACUGUCAAGCAGUUGCUCUCGCCCGUGUCCACGGAAGACUGCAACUAUAUCCGCUGCUUGGGUUUGAACUACAAGGACCAUGCGAACGAAGCGAACAUGGCUCUCCCCAAGGCGCCCAUCCUCUUUACCAAGCCUCGCACCGCCCUCGCCGACCCUUACCCGGCUGUCAUCCCUGUCCCCAAAGCCGCGCAGGAUGGGACUUCAGACUACGAGGCCGAACUUUGCGUCGUAAUUGGCAAGACUGGCCGGGACAUUCCUGAAGAGAAGGCUCUCGACUACGUGCUGGGAUAUACGUGCAGCAACGACGUGUCCGCACGGACAAUGCAGAUGUUGACCACACAAUGGUCCUUCUCUAAGGGUUUGGACGGAAGUUGUCCUCUUGGACCUGUCCUCGUCACCAAGGACGUGAUUCCCGACCCACAAACCCUGAGCAUCAAGGCCAUUUACAACGGCCAGACCGUGCAGGACGGUAACACCAAGAACAUGAUCUUCGACAUCAAGAAGCAAAUCAGCUACCUCUCCCAAGGCACAACACUCGAGGCUGGCACCAUCUUCCUCACCGGCACACCCGCCGGUAUUGGUUUCUUCCGACAACCUCGCGUCGUGCUCGAGGACAAGGGUGAUAUCAGAGUCGAGAUCGAGAAGAUCGGCACCCUGAUCAAUAAGGUGCACUAUGAGCAGUGGUGAGCCGAGAAGAUACUUGUGGUCGAGAGUGAAGCAAGCUGAGGGCCUGCUGUAAGCUGGGACAGGCUAAAGGACCCCAACAAUGAUCAGAAGAAGAUGAGCGGGCGGCAGUUCAAUUUGCAGACUCCUGAGAGACUCGGCAGUAAGAUUUGAAACCAGACGGUGGUUAUCUGACCACAGAAGGAAUCGAGGAAAACAAAAACCUCUUAAGUAAACCAAAAUAAAAUAGACCUGUCUGAGGAAGAGCGUAUCCUGACAUUCUAACUUAGUCUGCUCACUGGCUCACUGGCUCAAGCAAACUGCUGCGAUUGCUCUAGAAGCACUUUUUGGUCAUUGAGUCUGGAAGAAAGUACAUUCAUCCAUGCCUAAGGUAGUCCCUUGUAGUCUGGUCGUUGGGAGUCCAUUCUGCACCUGUCCCAUGGAAUCCAAGGGCGUCGCCUCUCCUUAUUCAGAUAUUUUCAUCCACAGCCUUAAGAAAACACACAAAACACAGACACUAACAGAACAGACACGGG